AAGGAAAGGACGCAUCACUCAGUGGACGAAGAAGAGAAGAGAUACCCAUAGACAGACACUGACACGCCAUUUCUCCAGAUCUCUUCUUCUUCCUCCUUCCUCCCACCAUUUUCUGCAGAAUAAUAAACCGAGAUCCAGAUCUCGUCAAACCGGAUCUGAUUAGUGGUGGUGUUGUUGAUCCAAUUCCAAUUUUAAUACGAUGGAGAAGGCAGAGAGCGAGAAGAAGGCAUCGUCCGUGUCGGACGUCGGCGCAUGGGCAAUGAACGUGACGAGCUCCGUCGGGAUCAUCAUGGCUAAUAAACAGCUCAUGUCUUCCUCUGGCUACGCCUUCACCUUCGCGACAACUCUGACUGGAUUCCACUUCGCUCUAACCGCACUCGUCGGCAUGGUCUCGAACGCCACAGGCUUAUCCGCAUCCAAGCACGUCCCUCUCUGGGAGCUUCUCUGGUUCUCCCUCGUCGCCAACACCUCCAUCGCCGCUAUGAAUUUCAGCCUCAUGCUCAACUCCGUUGGCUUCUACCAGAUUUCGAAACUGAGCAUGAUUCCGGUUGUAUGCGUGAUGGAAUGGAUCCUCCAUAACAAGCAUUACUCGAGAGAGGUCAAGGCCUCUGUCAUGGUUGUUGUUGUUGGCGUUGGGAUCUGUACUGUUACUGAUGUUAAGGUUAAUGCUAAAGGUUUCAUCUGUGCUUCCACUGCCAUUUUCUCCACCUCUCUCCAGCAGAUUUCAAUAGGCUCGCUUCAGAAGAAGUACUCAAUUGGAUCAUUCGAGUUGCUGAGCAAGACUGCUCCAAUCCAAGCUCUUUCACUCCUCAUUUUCGGUCCAUUUGUUGACUAUUUCUUGAGCGGCAGAUUCAUUACUACUUACAAGAUGACUUACGGUGCCAUUUUCUGCAUACUUCUCUCCUGCGCAUUGGCGGUGUUCUGCAACAUAAGCCAAUACCUCUGCAUCGGGAGAUUCUCUGCCACCUCAUUCCAAGUUCUUGGUCACAUGAAAACGGUCUGCGUCCUGACACUAGGAUGGCUUAUCUUUGACUCCGAGAUGACGUUCAAGAACGUAGCGGGGAUGUUCUUAGCCGUGGUGGGGAUGGUGAUUUACAGCUGGGCGGUCGAGUUGGAUAAACAGAGAAACACCAAAGCCACGCCGCACGGUAAGAACAGUAUGACGGAAGAUGAGAUUAGGCUUCUCAAAGAAGGAAUAGAACAUAUGGAUUUAGAAGACAUGGAGCUUGGAGAUACCAAAGCAUAAAUCAAUCUCGUCAAGACAAAAUGGUUUUUUUCUUUUUUGGUUUUUUUUUUCUUCUUUUAUGUUUUGCCGUUUCAUUUGUAUUAUUGUCUCAGAAGAACCUUAAUUUGUUGAGCUCUCUCCUCUGCAGAGCACAUUCUCUAUGUUUCUAUAGAAAUAUGUUUUUUCUGCUU